AUGCGUUAAGAUUUUGAGAGCAAUAGAAGCUGAAAAAAUCAUGGGUAUGGCGUCGUGGAUUAGAGUAUUGAUGUCCAAUAUCAUCAUCAUUAUCAGCCUCUGCCAUUGCCAAUUACUGGCUGCUGCUGCUGCUGAGGCUAUUACAAUAAGAAGCUCCAACUCCACGAGUUGUGAUUAUUUUCAAGGAAGUUGGGUGUACGAUGAUUCAUACCCACUGUACAAUUCAACCACCUGUCCCUUCAUCGGACAAGGAUUCGAUUGCCAGAAGAAUGGUAGACCUGAUCAUGAUUAUCUCAAGUAUCGCUGGCAGCCUACGUCCUGUGACAUUCCCAGGUUCAAUGGAGUGGAUUUGCUGGAGAAAUACAGAGGGAAGAAGAUAAUGUUUGUUGGGGAUUCUUUAAGCAACAAUAUGUGGGUGUCUUUGGCCUGUUUGCUUUAUGCUUCAGUCCCCAACUCUAAGUACACCUUUCAACGAGGAGGGCUGCUCUCUACAUUUACGUUGCCGGAAUAUGGGGUCUCAGUGAUGUGGUUGAAAAAUGGGUUCCUAGUAGAUGUGGUUCGUGAUGAAAAGCUUGGGAGAAUAGUAAAGCUGGAUUCCAUCAGCGCCGGGCAGCAGUGGUUAGGAGUGGACUCCUUAAUCUUCAACACCUAUCACUGGUGGUUCCACAAGGGACGCUAUCAAAAUUGGAACUACUUUCAAGUAGGAGAUAAAUUACUUGAAGAUAUGGACCGUUUGGAAGCACUGAAGAUUGCAUUAACUACUUGGGCUCAUUGGGUUGACAAUAACAUUGAUCCUUCCACCACUUCUGUUUUCUACCAGGGAGUUGCUGUUCCCCACCAAAAUGCAAAGGAAUGGAAUGAUCCAAACCCUAAAGCAAGGGGAUGUAUGGGACAAACAGAACCAGUUAAAGGAUCAACGUAUCCAGGGCCUAACCAUCAAGGGGAAGCUGCUGUGAAGGAAAUAAUAAGCAACAUGACAAGUCCUGCCUAUUUGCUUGAUAUUACAUUGCUUACACAGCUGAGGAAGGAUGGCCAUCCUUCUAUUUAUGCUGGAAGUGGCACCAAGUUUUCUGAUUGUAGUCACUGGUGUCUUGCUGGUGUUCCUGACACUUGGAACCAGCUGCUUUAUGCUGCUUUGCUUGACAAAUGACAAAGUUUAGGCUUAUAAAUGUAAUUUUUGGCUAGUUUUUAAAUUAUUUCUAACCGUCCAUCGUUUUGUAUUUUUAUUUUUAUUUCCCAUCAUUUUUCAUGUUUUCUUCCUUUUUCGUGCAAUAUUAUCAUUUAAUCCUUUAACUCUUAAGAUAUUAUAUUUUUGUUCUCAAUGCUUUAAUUUUCUUCUCUUAUAAAUUAUAUACAAAAUUAUCA